ACCAUUAAAAAUGGUGACCCCAUUUCCUGUGGUCUAUAAACUAUCUUCCCCAUCUUCAUCUCCAUGGCGCUUCUGCAACAUUUAGCAUUUUUAAUUGUUGAGCCUUUCAAACUCAAGACAAAUCCCUCCAUUAUAUAUAUGUAUAUGGAUGGAUAUACCCAGAGAGAGACCUUUCAAUUAGUGGGGCUCCCUUUGCUCGUCUCUGUUUCCCAUCUACAAAGUACACGGGCCCCCUCUUACCUGAGCAGAUAAAUUUUACUCUGAACUACUCGCCUCCUUCUUGUUCUUCUUCUUCUUGUUCUUGUUCUUCUUCUUCUUCUUGAUGCCUCAACACCAACCAUCAUCGUUGAUGGAACCGGUACUUCUCACUCUCAGUUACGGCAAUGGUGGCACCGGCCAUGACUGUGAUAUCUUAAGCUGGUUUGAAGAUGUGACCAACAACGCUGGUUCUGUUCAGAGUCAGAUGUUAUCCAAAAUUCUGAAGCAGAACUGUGGGGUUGAAUACCUCAAGAAAUGGCUUGGAGAUUAUAAUAUUCAAGACAUGGAUGACUCUGCAUUGGAAUCGCUUUUCACCUCAGUGGUUCCUCUGGCGUCACAUGCAGAUUUUGAGCCCUUUAUCCUGAGGAUUGCAGAUGGGGACACAGCCCCUUUACUCACUCAGCAAGCCAUGACCACCCUUUCCUUGAGUUCUGGCACCACGGAGGGGAGGCAAAAGUUCGUACCUUUCACCCACCAUAGCGCCCAGACUACCCUCCAAAUUUUCACUUUAGCAGCAGCUUACAGAUCAAAAGUUUAUCCCACAAGAGAAGGAGGAAGGAUUCUCGAAUUCAUAUACAGCAGCAAGCAGUUCAAAACAAAAGGAGGCUUGACAGCAGGAACAGCCACAACACACUAUUACGCAAGCCAAGAGUUCAAGAUCAAGCAAGAGAAGACGAAGUCAUUUACUUGCAGCCCCUAUGAAGUAAUCUCAGGAGGAGACUACAAACAAGUCACUUACUGCCACCUCCUCCUUGGCCUUUUUUACUCUGAACAGGUAGAGUUCAUAACCUCAGCUUUUGUCUACAGCAUCGUCCAAGCCUUUCGCAACUUCGAGGAGCUCUGGAGAGAAAUAUGCUGUGACAUCAGAAAUGGUACUCUGAGCUCCAGAAUCAUAUUAUCCCGAAUGAGAAACUCUGUUUUGGAGAUUCUCUCCCAUCCAAACCCAUCUCUGGCUUCAAAAAUUGAAGCUAAAUGCCAGGAACUAGAAAAGGUGAAUUGGUUUGGUUUAAUUCCUAAGCUGUGGCCAAAUGCCAAGUAUGUGUAUUCCAUAAUGACAGGAUCCAUGGAGCCAUAUUUGAAAAAGCUAAGGCAUUAUGCGAACGGGUUGCCAUUAGUGAGUGCUGAUUACGGAUCUACAGAGAGCUGGAUUGGGGUUAAUGUGGAUCCUAGUCUGCCUCCUGAGAAUGUGACAUUUGCUGUAGUGCCCACUUUCUCUUAUUUUGAAUUCAUACCGCUUCACAGAUCCCAGAAAUCACAAGAGUGCAAUUCCGUUAGUGAUGAUUUCGUGGAAGGCAAGCCAAUUCCAUUGUCCCAGGUUCGAGGAGGACAGAAGUAUGAAAUAGUCCUCACAACUUUCACUGGGCUCUACAGGUGCAGAUUAGGGGACGUAGUGGAAGUAGCUGGGUUUCACAAUACAACUCCGAAGCUGAACUUCAUAUGCAGAAGGAAGCUGAUUCUAACAGUGAACAUAGACAAGAACACAGAGAAGGACCUGCAACUAGUGGUGGAGAGGGGUUCCCAGCUUCUGAGCGCGGCUCAAAAGAAAGCCGAACUAGUGGACUUCACGAGCUAUGCGGACGUGUCAAACCAACCAGGACACUACGUUAUAUACUGGGAAGUCAAAGGUGAGGUUGAGGACGAGGUUCUUGAGCAAUGUUGUAGGGAGAUGGACGGGGCUUUUGCGGACCAUGGGUAUAUUGUGUCGAGGAAGACCAAUUCCAUCGGACCUCUUGAGCUUCGGUUGGUGGAAAGGGGAACAUUCAAGAAGAUUCUAGAUUAUUUUGUUGCCAAUGGGGCUGCUUUGAGCCAGUUCAAGACUCCUAGAUGCACUAAUAAUCAGGUGCUUCUCAAGAUUCUUGACACUUGCACCGUGAAAAGCGUUCGCAGCUCUGCUUACGGUUUGCAGGAAUAAGAAGAAACUGCUUAAAUUUGGUGUCACUUGUUAAGGUUGUAUUUUGAAUUUGCAAGUAUGUUAAUUGAUCGUUCCGUUAGCAAGCUAGUUCUUGUUUGAAUUGGCGAGGAUUAAGGAAGGUCUCAUAUUACUCAUAUAAUCUGUGUUUGUUUGGGAUCA